AUGGCGGAAGCACACUCAGCUGUUGCCUUCACAUUUAGUAUUACCUCAGAAGGACUUGAUGUUAAUGUCAACAGAGAUGUCUUCAAUUUGAUCUUCCAAAGCGGUGUCAUUGCAUGGAAGAAACGAUUAGGAAGACUGAAGAACACAUUCCGUAUUGGUAUCUAUCCAGUAACUCCUCUUGGAUUAGUGACAAUCAUUGUGACAGUUGCUGCUUUGAAAUUUGCUGGUUGGGUUCCUCCUUUGAUAAAUUUUGAGCCAUUCUUCCAUUUUUGGCUUGGAAUAUUUCAUCCUAAAGUAAGUCAAGUUUUAGAAAGUCUUCUUUAUGGAAUGUUUAUUUGUACCAUGAUGACCAUCAUCCUUCGUUCCACCCUGAAAUUACUCUUCUAUUACCAACAAUGGAUCUAUGAAGUUCGAAGUAUCAUAACGUGGAAAACAAAAAUGUGGCUGGUUUUUAUAAAUGCUUUCAAAUUCAUUGGUCAUAAACCCUUAUUGACCAGUUUUCAAGGUUUGCUUCCAAAGUUAUCUGUGCCUACAGUGGAAGAUACAAUGAGACGGUACCUUUGUUCUGUUAAGCCAUUGUUAAGUAAAGAAGAUUAUAAACGCAUGGAAGGUUUGGCUUUGGAGUUUCAAAAUGGGAUUGCCAAGAAGCUGCAAUUUAACCUAGUCCUCAAAUCUUGGUGGGCAACAAAUUAUGUGUCUGAUUGGUGGGAAGAAUUUGUCUAUCUUAGAGGCCGUUCCCCAAUCAUGGUUAACAGCAAUUUUUACGGUGUUGAUGCAGUUCUCUUAAACCAUUCUGAUAUCCAAGUAGCUCGAGCUGCUAACCUUAUCUACGGCAUGUUACUCUAUCGACGCAAACUAGAUCGACAAGAACUGAACCCUAUCUUAUUGAACAAAAUAAUCCCUUUAUGUUCAGCACAGUAUGAACGCCAAUUCAAUACAACUAGAAUUCCAGGAAUUGAAAAAGAUACUCUUGUUCAUUACAAAGACAGUGACCAUAUUGCCGUUUAUCAUAAAGGUCGAUUCUUCAAAGUUUAUAUUCGUUAUGGGGGCAGGUUACUUCAGCCAUGUGAAAUAGAAGUAAUGUUACAAAAGAUUGUGGAUGACCAUACACCACCUUGUAAAGGAGAAUUACAACUUGCUGCCCUCACAGCUGGAGACAGGGUGCCAUGGGCCAAAGCACGUACUGAAUUUUUUAGCAAAGGAAAGAACAAAAUUGCUUUGGAUGCUAUUGAAAAAGCUGCUUUUUUUGUUACCUUAGAUGAUGAAUCUCAUUCAUAUGACAUGAACAAUCCCUCCAAACUGAAUGAAUUUAGUCGUUCAAUGCUGCACGGUAAAGGCUACGAUCGCUGGUUCGAUAAAUCUUUCACUUUGAUUGUUUGUGCCAAUGGAAUGGUUGGAUUUAAUGCUGAACAUUCAUGGGCAGAUGCUCCAAUUUCAGGUCAUCUCUGGGAAUACGGUCUCAGUGAAGAUGUUUUAAACCUUCGGUCUGAUGCACCUAUCUCCAGUCACCUUUGGGAAUAUGCUAUUCAUGUGUCUACUAGAGAAGGAUAUACAGAAGAUGGUCAUACGAGGGGCACUGUCACAGACCCCCCUCCCAAUCCAAUCAAACUUGAAUGGGAUAUAUCAGAAGCUUGUCACGAGGUGAUCAAAACCAGCUUAGGUGUAGCCAAGGCUCUCCUCAAUGAUGUGGAUCUUUACAUUCUUUCACAUACUGCCUAUGGCAAAGGCUUCAUGAAAAGCUGUAAACUCAGCCCAGAUGCCUAUAUCCAGAUUGCUCUGCAGCUAGCCUAUUUCAGAGAUGCUGGAAAGUUUUCUCUGACUUAUGAAUCUUGCAUGACCCGUCUCUUCCGUGAAGGCAGAACAGAAACUGUGCGAUCUUGUACUCUUGAAUCUACAGAAUUUGUUCAAGCUAUGAAUGAUAAAAAUAAAACAAAAAAAGAGUGCAUCAAAUUGAUGACAAAAGCUGCUCAAGUUCACCAACAGUUGUACCGGGAAGCCAUGACAGGAUGUGGUAUUGACAGACACUUGUUUUGUCUUUAUAUUUUAUCCAAAUACUUCCAUCUGGAUUCUCCCUUCCUUAAUGAAGUACUUAAUGAACCUUGGAGACUUUCUACAAGUCAGACUCCAUAUCAGCAAACAGAUAAACUGGACCUAAAUAAAAAUCCUGAAUAUAUUUCUGCUGGUGGUGGCUUUGGACCUGUUGCUGAUGAUGGCUAUGGUGUCUCCUAUAUUAUUGCAGGCGAAGAAGUGGUUUUCUUCCAUAUUUCUUCAAAAAAAUCAUGUCCACUCACUAAUUCAGAACGAUUUAGCAAAAAUAUUGCCCAGUCACUAAAAGACAUCAAAGAUUUGUUCAGUGAAGAUUGA